AUGAGUCAGAAGCAUUACAUUAACACGCUCCUGGACAAGUUUCACAUGCAGGACUGCAAGACUGCACAAACACCACUGCCGAUGGGCUUCAAAGACUCCUUGGAAGCUAAUGAGAAUGAAGAGCCGCCAGAUCUACCAUAUCGUAGUCUUGUGGGCAGCCUUCUGCACCUGUCAACAACCACAAGACCCGACAUUGCAGUGGCUUGUUCAAUGCUGACACGAAGAAUGAGUACGUACACCGCAACGGAUUUCUCAACAGCCAAACGAGUGCUACGCUAUCUGAAGGGCACCAUUCAUUACACACUGUGCUUCGAAGCCAAGCAUCGUCACAACGACUUAGUGGCCUAUACCGAUGCAUCAUUCGCAUCAGACCCUGCCACGGGCAGGUCAAGAACUGGGUAUGUUGUCAAUCUUGCCGGAGGCCCUAUCUCUUGGUGCUCACGACUUCAACGACACGUUACAACUGCAACGGCCGAGGCAGAGUAUGUUGCUGUUGGAGAAGGCAUGCAAGAAGUCAUCUACCUUCGACAAUUGCAAGAAGAACUGCUUGAUGCACCACUGCCUCAUGCCACAACGGUGCACACAGACAACCAACCCGCUAUUGCGGUUGGAAACAUGGCAACCUCAAAGAUGCGCCACAUCAGAUUGCGAUAUCACCUCACACGAGAGUGUAUUGCUGACAAUAUCGCCACGCUCAAAUACAUCAGCACCAAAGACAACCCUGCUGAUCUAUUCACCAAGCUGCUAGACAAGCAGACCAUGAUUCACCACAUCUCGACACUACUCAAUGUUGAGAGUUCACAACAAGUGACACAAGCCAGCUCCACGGAGCAGAGCACGCGACUCCCUCUGACGACACGAGACAACUCCUCUGCAAGGCAAGAGAAACUCCUCUGA